UGUUGGAUGUAUCAUUUGGCCAAUUUGAACCAACCACUACUUCCAUUCUUAUUAACUUUAUUUCUCUCCCAAUUUCCAUAGCCCUCAAUUGUUAUUAAUUCCAUUCCAAAAAAUCACUAGUCAUCAAUAAUUCAAUGGAAGUGGAUGAAGAACUGCCAAGAGUUCUUUCUUGGAAUAAAGAUGAACUUUAUCAGUGGGAAGGUUUUUGGGCAACUCCAUCCAUUAUAAAAGCAGCCAUGAUCUUCAAGGAAACCUUCAAAUCAAAUCCUAAUGAUGUUCUAUUGGCUUCUUCAAUGAAAACAGGUUCAACAUGGCUCAAGUCCAUAUGUGUAUGCAUCAUGCAAGGUGGAAAUAAAGAUGAAGAAGACCUCUUAUUUAAGGAUAAUCCUCAUUUUUAUGUUCCAACUAUAGAGGGCAUGGAUUAUUAUACAAAACCUCUAGCUCAUGAUUUAUACACAAUGUCCUCUCCAAGACUAUUUCACACUCAUUUACCUUAUAGGAUUUUGCCAAAUUCAAUUAAAAAUUCAGCUAAUUGCAAGAUUGUAUACAUAACACGAAAUCCUAAAGAUACCAUAAUUUCCAUGUGGCAUUUCUUCAACUAUAAUCAUAAGUAUUUAGAAAAUUUCUUCCCCUUAGAAGAAGCUGUGGAUUCCUAUUGCAAUGGCGGCAUUCAUCUCUAUGGACCGUUCUUUGAACAUGUUCUUGAAUACUGGGAAGAAAGUAAAAAGUGGCCUCAAAAAAUACUAUUUUUGAAGUAUGAAGAUUUGAAAAUGGACCCUAAGAAGGAGGUGGCAAAAAUAGCCUUCUUUCUUGGAAAACCUUUUGGUAAUGAAGAGGAUUUGGAGAAAGUUUUGAAGAAGUGUAGUUUGGAGAGGCUUAAGAACUUGGAGGUUAAUAAGAGUGGAUCACUCUUCUCUAAUGUCCACAACAAUUCAUUUUUCAGAAAAGGAGUGGUUGGAGAUUGGAAGAAUCACUUAACACCUGAAAUGGAAAAACAAAUUGAUAAAGUUACUAGUUUGAAGCUCCAAGGAAGUGGCCUUGAACUUUGAUUCUUCGAGUAAUUAAUACUUCAAUAAGCUUGUUCUACUACUUCAUCGGAAUAUGUAAUAAGCUAGGGUUGUUGAAAAUUCAACACAAUAAAUUAGAAGGGCAUUGCUGAAUGUGCAGCUCAUCUCUUUUGGUGUCUUUAAUGCCUAUUAAUCCCAUUUACGUUGGUAGCACAUAAUGCCUUAAACUCAAAUAGAGUUAAUGGCAAGAUACGUGCAUGGACAUAUUUUGUCAUAUAAUGCACUUAGAGCAUUUAACUCUUGGUUGUGAUGGUUGAAUUUGGCCAU